AUCCGGUGAAGCCGCAGAUGAGCGCGCCCACCCGGCUCGUGUACGGCGUCUGCGUCGACCCGUUCAUCGACGACCGGCUGGCCACCUUCGCCGAGAACCAGGUGGCUAUCUGGGACCGGCGUAACUUUGAGAGGCCUGUCAUCACGCUCACCGACGCACGCUCAAAGUCCAUCUCCAGCAUCGGAUGGUCACCUACUCGGCGGGACCUGCUCUCCUCGCUGGGCAAGGACUCGGGCCUGCUGAAGCUGCACGACGUCAACCACUACUGCGUCAACAACGACGAGAUCGAGCCGACGGUGGCCGAGCGUUACGUGGAGAGCUGCGGCGGCGGCCAGCUGACGGACCUCUCGUGGCACCCCACCGACGAGAACCGCAUCGUCGUGUCGACCGGGACAGGCAAGCACAUCGACUUCACGAUUUUCGAGCGGAUCACCAUGAACUGGUCUCCGUGCUUCUCGUUCGUCUGGUCGAACGGCGGACGCAAGGUGAACCUGGUCGGGGACGAAGACGACAUAUACGACCAACUGGAGGACAUCGCGCUGGUGAUGCGCGACCGAGCGCUGCGCGGUUACGGCGUCACAGAGCGGCUCAGGGACAACGUGGCGCUGGCCGGUGACGAAACGCUGCGCAGCGUCUGGAAGUGGAUGGCCUACAGCCAGCAGCUGGGCGCCGGCGCCGGCGACGAGACGGGCGCCGCUCCCACGUCCGCGUUCCAGGGCGUCAGGUCCGUGCUGGCUGGGGACGGCAGCAGCCCGCCCAAGUCGGCCAUCGAACUGCGAAGUUGGAUCGGGGUCGAGAAGGUCGCCAAGUGCAAGGUCUUCAGGAGCGAGAGCCGGGACCGGGCGCUCCAGCUGUGCGGCUGGGGCGUGGACGAGGUGACGCAGAGCGCGCUGCUGGACGUGCUGGAGCGCGAGGGCAGCUGCUCGCGCGCCGCUGCCGUCGCCGUGUUCCAGCUGACGCUGCGCCGAGCCAUCCAGAUCCUGCAGCGAUCAGAGGACCCCACGCUCAAGGUGGUGGCCAUGGCGCUGUCGGGCUACACGAACGAGAAGAAGGCGCUGUGGCAGCAGACGAGCGCCGAGCUGCGUCCGUCGCUCACCGACCCGUACAUCCGCGCCAUCUUCGCUUUCCUGACCGCUGACUCUGACAACUACGACGGCGUUCUGAAGGAGUACGGCAUGACGGUGCAGGACCGUGUGGCCUUCGCCUGCCGCUUCCUCAGCGACGACCGACUGGCAGAAUGCCUGAACCAGAUCACGCAAACGCUGAAGAAGGAAGCGAACCUGCAGGCCAUCCUGCUGACGGGCGUGGCCGACGAGGGCCUGGACCUGCUGCAGAACUACGUUAACGUCAGCGGCGACGUGCAGACGGCGGCGCUGAUCGCCUCCCACGCCGGUCUGGCCACCGAGCCGCGCGUCGAGGUCUGGAUCGACAGUUACCGGGAGAUGCUGGAUCUGUGGCGACUCUGGAAUCAGCGAGCUCUCUUCGACGUGCGCGUGCUCAGUCAGACCGCCGAAGUGCCGCAGUACCCGAAGCAGUCGGUUGUCGCGUGCAACUUCUGCAACAAGAGCGUGGCGGCCUUCAUCGACGACGUCCGAAGGCGGCGACAGAUGAGCAGGACAGGUGCCAACUCCUCGGUGAAGGUGAUGUGCUGUCCCCACUGUCGGAAGCCGCUGCCGCGCUGCGCGCUCUGCCUGACCCAGCUGGGCACGACGGCCGGCAGCUGGGGCGCGGCCGGCCAGGGCAGCGCCGGCUUUGACUCGUGGUUCACCUGGUGCCAGACGUGUCGCCACGGCGGCCACGCCGGUCACAUGGUGGCCUGGUUCGAGCAGCACGCCGAGUGUCCCGUCACAGGGUGCCCGUGCAAGUGUAUGGGCCUGGACUCGGUGGGCCGCGUGCUGCCCGUGGCCGACAGCUGAUGG